GGCUCCCCCAGCGUCCGCCCGGCCCCUCGCGGCGGCUCCGGCAGCAAGCGCCUCCUCGCCAUCCUGGCGCUGGGUUUCCUGCUCGCCUUCAUCGUGGGCUACUUUGUUGGGAACCUCACCUCGAAGAAGCCUGACGUGGAGCCUGCCAGCUGUUCGACUCAGUCGGCACUGACUGAGGGUGCAGCAGAGCAAGGGAAGCAAGAACAGGAACAGGAACAGGAUGACGACGAGAUGAUAACGCAUGAUGAAACCCCACGCAGCUGGAACGCCAUCAGCCAGCUUCUCGACGACAAACUCACCGGCCCCGCUUUCGACAAGCGUCUCAAGACCUUCGAUGUGCCGUCACGCUCGGCGGGCAGCGAGGGCGACGUCCAACUGGCUAACAUGAUCUCCGACGAAUUCAAGGCUCUCAACCUGGAGAGCUGGGUGGACGUGCACUACGUUCAGCUGCAGAAGCCCGACAGCAAGCGUCCCAACGUGGUCACUUUCGGCGCAAACGUCUUCAAACCGACCGGCUAUCUCGCCUACAGCGCCACCGGGAAGGCCGAGGGCAAGCUGGUGUACGCCGCCUAUGGCCGCCGUGAGGAUUUUGACGCCGUGAAGAAGGAAAACGUGGAAGUGAAAGGCAGCGUGGUGCUGCUCAAAGCGGGACAACACAGCUUUGCCGAGCAGGUGGCUAAUGCCGAGGCCGCAGGAGCCAUCGCCGUCCUCAUCUACCCCGACGUGGAAGAUUUCAGCUUCAACGCCGACACGGCACUUUACGGCCACGUCCAUCUUGCCUCAGGCGACCCCUACACACCGGGGUUCCCCUCCUUGAACCACACCCAGUUCCCGCCCACCCGCUCGUCGGCCCUCCCCGGCAUCCUGGCUCAGACCAUCACGCUCAACAUGGCGAAAACCCUCCGAGAGCGAAUCGGCGGCCCAAAGCAGAUGGGCGGUGUGGAGAUGAUCAGCGUGGAGGUCAAUAACGUGCUGGUCAACACGGAGAUCCACAAUGUGUUUGGUGUCAUCGAAGGAUUCGUCGAUUCCGACCAGUAUGUGGUCCUGGGAGCGCAGAGGGACGCGUGGGGUAAAGGCUACGCCCGCGCUGCCGUCGGCUCCUCCGUUCUCAUGGAACUGGCCAAGGCCUUUAAAGACUUGGUGGAGAGAGAUGGUGUCCGGCCCAGGAGAAGCCUGGUGUUUGCGAGCUGGAGUGCCGGAGAAUACGGAAGCGUUGGGGCCACGGAAUUUUUGGAGGGUUAUCUGUCAUCCAUCGACAGAAAGCUUGUCACUUACAUAAACCUGGAUGGGGUGGUCAUGGGUCGCGGUGGCUUUGUUGCCUCUGGCAGCCCGCUGCUGUACAGCCUGCUGGAAGACACGAUGAAACAGGUGAAGAGUCCGCUCAAUACCGGCACCGUAUACGAUAUGGCAGGAAAGACAAAAUGGGAGGCCAAUGUCCUGAGGCCCAUGUCCAUAGACGACCCGGCGUAUCCCUUCUUGACCACUGCUGGCAUCCCCUCCAUCUCCUUCCAUUUCAUCACCCCCAAGGCGGAGACUUACACUUACUACGGCACCUCAAUGGACAACAUGGACCACCUCAACUACAACACGGCCCAUCAGACCGGCGAAAUGACUGCACGGGCUGCGCAGUUGGCCGGCCGCAUGGCCCUCCGCCUGACCCACAACCACCUGCUCAGUUUGGACGUGAGCAGGUACCGCAAGGACCUCUCCAAAGCUGUCAACCUGCUCUACGUUCACGUCCGAAACCUCGUCCAGAGCGGUGAGCUGGCGGACGUGGACCCCGAUUGGCUGAGCAGCGCAUUGGGUUCCUUCACGCGAGCGAUGGCCAACUUGAACACAUUUAUCAAGAACACCGACAUGACCGAAGAGCGCGGCUGUCGUCGUGCCAACGAGAAGCUCAUGAGCGUGGAACGCAACCUCCUCUCGCCGUACGUGUCCCCCGUGGAGACCCCCUUCCGCCACCUCCUGCUGGGCCGGGGCAAGCACACGCUGGGGGCGCUGGCUCAGACCACGGAGCCCCGGGAGCUCCACACCCAGCUGGCCUUGGCCACCUGGAACCUGAAGAUGUGCGCCAACGCCGUGGUCAAUGACAUCUGGCAAAACAACAAUCAAGUUUAGAGCGUGUGUGAGCGGAAAGAGCAGUAAGGGAAAAGCAAUUUCAGGGGGGUGGGGGGGGGUGCACUUCAAAGGCUGUCAUUCACAGUUCUCAGUCCUGCCCUUUUCUUUUAUCAAGGUAUAACUUCAAUUUGACACUCCUAAUCAAAUGGUCAGAAUGAAGGAAACACUGUUUUGGUGAUUAAGUCUACCCCUUAGCAGGCCUUUUUUUUUGGGGGGGGGGGGGGGUCCACAUCCCAUCCUGAUACUUGAAAACCUUGAAUGCUACUGACAACCCCCACUUUAUUGCCAUCCAAACACUGAGGACCUUAUUUAAUGCUUUUUUUUAUGACAUUAUCGGAAGCAGUGCCUUCCAUAAUUAUGACGGUUAUACUGUCUCAUCUGAUAGCAGUAUCUGCUUGGUGAACUCGAAACUCAACUGUUGGCGCCGAAUCGGAGGCAGCCAAGAAGCUUUCAAAAAGUCUGAAUUAACUAAAGCGGAUACAAUUCGAAGAAGGAAAAAAAAAACAUUGAGGAAAAAAAGGGGCAAUCAAAUAGAGCCGCAAACUAAUUAAAAAGCAGGAAAAACUCAAAUUAAUUCAAGUGGACAAAACGCUCUUGUAGAUCAAAUUUAUAAACAAAAUAAGGCUUGGUUAAAUGAAAAAAAAAAGACCAUCAAUAUGAUCACAGCAAGAAAACCCCUCAAAAAUGGAACAUAUGAAGUAAAGCAGACAAAAGUGCUCAUUGAGGGGGAAAUUGACGAGCAAUUUGGGGCGUUUUUGUCCAUUUUUGGAGCAGUUGGCGAGUUAUCGGGGGCAGUGUCUCCCAUAAUCAAAUCUAUUAUCGGGGGCAGUGUCUCCCAUAAUAACAAGUGACGGUAGUUUUUAUCUACCAGUGUAUGUGCGCGUGUUUGUGUGUGGGUGCGUGCGCGGUUUGUCUUUUUUUUUACAUGUGUAUUUAUCGGGAGCAGCGCCUCUCAUAUUUCACUCCAAAGGUGGAACGACUUAUCGGGGACAGUGUUUCCCAGAGUUUUAUACGUAUUUAUGACGGUUUUGCUUUGUGGUAGUUACUUCUUUCUCACUGAAUUUCCUCUUAGCAAGGAGCAAAAUGUCUACUAUCUUUCACGCCUGGUGCAAAAAUGUUUUUUCUUCUGUAUUAGAAUUAUCGGCUUUUCGUCCAUUCUGACUGAGGUGUUGUGCAACAACAAUCUUUAAGAUGACAAAUUAAUGUCUAAGUAAGAUUUCCGUCUGGUUCUUUUCUGUUAUGUGGCAAUUUUUGGCAUCUAGAUUUAACAUUGGUUUGUCCACAAAUGGAUCUGUCCUAUGUGCAGCUCUGGGGGAAAUUUGAGACCCUUCCAAAAAAAACCCAUGACCUUUUUUUUUUUGUUUGCAACUAAAAUGUUUAAAUGACAACAGUUGUAAUGGAAAUUGAGGGGUUAUGUUGUUUAGAGAGAAAACAAAUGUUACACAAAAUAAAAUCAGAGGAACCUUGCAGUGAUAGUUUCCCCCUAUUGCUAUUUAGCAACAGUGCCAGCGAUAAUGCAUAAAUGUAAACAUUAUCUCCAGAAAAUUGUAUUGUUACACAAGUUCACUUGUUUCAUCGGAAAAAAACAUCCCAUCACUUUACAUCAAUUUGUUAGAUUUGGGAGGGGGAUUUCUGGCACUUGAUUGUGAAAAAAAGUUUUUCAUGUUUUGUCAAAAAGAAAAAAUAUCUUGCCUCAACUGAAUUAAUGUUGGAUUCGGGUUUUCUGUCCUCUGAUUAAAUGUUCGUCGCAGAUUAAAUCAAAAUCCUGAGCUUUGCAUCAA